UCCUUUGCUGGUCGGCGUCCUGGAUUGUUGUUGCUAUACAGAGAUAGAUCACUAAUACAAAUUAUUACGUGAAGAUUACACUCUCAUUACUCAUCGCGAAUUUAUACUGGAGGACAGUGCAACUUUUCCUCAUGAUUUUGAUCAGUAAGAGAGCAGUCGAGUGGGUUUACUCACUGAUACUCCUGUGUAUAGUGCUGAUAUCCUGGGGCUUUGUCCUUUAUGCAGCAAGAUUUGCAGCUAUCUGGCAGCUACAGAAGAAAUAUCCUAAUCAAAUUUUAAACACAUAGAAGAAACAAAGUGUGACUUCUUAGACUGAAACUCCAGUACAAAGGACGUUGCCAGGACCUUUAGCGAAGAAUGAAUAUAACAUUUGGACGUUUCUGAAAUGGAUAUUUGUCUUGACAUUUGACUUCUGAUUUUGAAGAAAUGUGGUAAUAAGAUCAUGACAGUUAUCAACAUUGAACCAGCAUUAUUUCCUAAAUUUUUUUUCAAAAAUGUUAUUUUUUUUUUACCUCUACUUAAAUGGACAUGAAACCCAACAAUCUAAUUUGCUUCAAAUUAUACCUAGGUAGGCUCAGGAGCAGCAAUGCAUGACUGGGAGCUAGCUGCACAUAUAUGCCUGUUGUCAUUGGCUCACAAGAUGUGUUCAGCUAGCUCCCAGUAGUGCAUUGCUGCUUCAACAAAGGAUACUAAAAUAACAAAGUAUAUUUAAUAAUAUAAGUAAAUUGAAGGGUCUUUUUAAAAAAUUGUAUGCUCUAUCUAAAUCCCCAAAAUGUUUUUUUUUGAGUUUCAUAUACCUUUAAGUAAUUUAUCCUUUCUAAAGUUAAUUGUUUAAAACAUAGUUUUAAAAACAUAUUUUUUUUUGUACAGAAUUUCUAUGUAACUUCUGAGUAAAAGUUUUGAUAAAAAAGACAAUUUUAUAUAUAAACUUGGUGAAACAGGAAAAAUGUAUCAUAUUCUAUUUGAAAAACAAACAACAUUACUAAUGUCCAUUUUUAAACAUAAUUGUAAAACAAUCUUGCAGUUAUUAGGUACUGGUGCCUAUACAAUAUAUGUGUAUGAUAGUUAUUCAUAUAUACUGGGGGAUCAUCCAAAACUUACUGUGACCAGUCAACCAUAUUAACCCCUUUGUGCCGGUAUACCAAUAUCACAUCGGAACGGUAUUCCAAUGUAAACACGAUUAGUAAAAAUGAAAUUUUUUAAGGCCGGGAUCAGAUUAUGGGUUACUGCCUACGCAGCUAGGCACGCACCUCAGGCCAAUCCUUGCCUACGUCAAAGGGGGAAGCUGCAGGACGCUGUAUAUGGUAGAAUGCUCCAUGCCAUCAUAACGGUGUUAAAACGGCUUGGAACGUCUGAACGGUGUGAAGAGGUUAAACCUUAUUACACCUAACCCUAGCCAAAACAAUCACAUAAAACCCUGAAUCCAAUACAAGUAGCCUUUACACUCUCAAUCACAUUAAUUCCUGAACCUCUCUAACCAUAUAAACACUCAACUAUAAACCCUUAUCACAUUAGCUCAUUACUUAUGUAAUCAUUAAAGGGACAUUAAACAAAAAUUAUUUCAUGAUUCAGAUGGAGAAUGGAAUUUUAAACAUUUACUUCUAUUAUCUAAUUUGCUUCAUUCUUUAGAUAUCCUUUGUUGAAGAAAUAUCAAUGCACAUGGGUGAGCCAAUCACACAAGGCAUCUAUGUGCAGUCACCAAUCGGCAGCUACUGAGCCUAUCUAGAUAUGCUUUUCAGUAAAGGAUACCAAGAGAAUGAAGCAAAUUAGAUAAUAGACGUAAAUUAGAAAAUUGUUUAAAAUUUCAUGUUAUUUCUAAACCGAGAGAAAAAAAAUUUGGGUUUCAUGUCCCUUUAACCUCUGUCCCACCCCUCAACAAUAAAAAGCUUUUUUAUUUUUUUGUUUUACCUUAUUUAUAUUAACUCCAUAUAAGUUACAAUUAUCAUACGCUUGCAGUUUAUUUUUUAUUAUAUUUCUUCAGCGACCAUUUUGUUCAAUGCUUUUUGUUUCUCUCUGACACAUACGCACACUGAAGAUGUGUUUAUAAGGAAACAUAUUAGUUAUUUUGUUUUUAUAUUUAAUAUCUUAUACUAUUUCUUUAAUCUACUGUAAUCUGUAAGAUAUCUUUUUGUGAGAUUUAUAUAUGUGAAUAAAAAAAUAUUUGAACAAAA